AUGGGUUUCAUCAAAGUGGAGAACCAGCCUAGCUUCGGCUCCGGCCCCGUCCACAUCAACCACAACGAGCCUCAGCCCGGCCAGUUUGCCUUCCUGCCUUACAGCAACGCCGAUUUCGACAAUGUUCACCCCAGCGAGCUCCACAAGCCAGGCACCAGCGACGGUCGCGCCAAAGUUGCUCGCGCCUGUACAGAGUGCAAGUCGCGUAAGAUGCGCUGCGACGGUGGUCUUCCCUUCUGCGGUCGUUGCACCACCCACAGCCGCACCAAAUCGUGCGCCUAUGUUGACCCUCCCAAGCGUUCGCCCAUCACCCGUCAGUACGUCAGCACGUUGGAGACGCAGCUAGAAGAAGCCAAGAAGAAGAUCGCCCAACUCCAGUCCGACUCGACCACCACCAACACUAAGCCCGUUUCCGACAAGCCAGCAGCCGCUCCCAAUGCCGCGCUCCUUCGUCGACACACUCAACCCUACAUGCAGAACCGCUCCUUGACCGGCGAAGACACCACUCACGCCUGCGCCCUUGACACCGGCAGGCCCAUCCUCUCAUCAAAGAAGCGAUCUCGCUCCUAUGCAGACGGGCUUGACGAUGACAUUCGCGAAGACGAUGCUGAGUUCGGCCACGUCGAUAAGCAGGAUGCCACUGCCUCGGCCUCGAAGGAGGACGACAGUCUGGGUGGAGGCAACUUUGUCAGCCUCACCAGCUGCAAUGCUGCGCUUCAGAUUGCUUCCCAGUUGAGCGCCGGAAGCCAAGCAGGCGCAAAUGCUGGCAUCUCUGCCAGUCAAGCGCUCGCUGGUCAUGACUCCACCUCUAGCUCGGCCAAGGCCGGCGCCAUCGACAUCUCUUGUGAGGGUCUUGCUCGAGCUUCGUCCUCGACCUCUGCCUCACUGCCCACCGCUGCUUCGUUGCCUAACAACCUCGACUUUAGCACGUGGGACUAUGAGAGCCAGCGCUUCGCCGCCGAACUUCUCGAGUCCUUCUUCGAGUUCCAUCUGCCAUCCCACCCCAUUCUCCACCCUGCUACCUUCCGUGCCCAGCUCCAAGGCACCGUCUGCCCUCCCAGCUCCCCCGCUUGGCCCAUGCUCGUCAACAUGGUCUUCGCUCUCGGCGCGCUCGAACGCAGGAUAUCUGCGCAAGAGGCUGACCACGACACCCUCUUCUACGAGCGAGCCAAGCAGCUCUACAGCGCCGUCCUGUUCGACAAGGCCGAGAUCAUCUCGGUCCAGGCUUUGACAUUGAUGGCUAGCUACUGUCAGAAGAAGAACCUCUUUGCAGCGGCUUGGAUGGUGCUUGGCAGCGCUCUUCGCAUGGCCAUCUCCAUGGGUCUCCACUCCGAGUCGGCAUUGCAGGCUCGCGACAUGCCCGCCUUUGAUCGCGAGUUUGGUCGACGCAUCUGGUACACGCUCUUCGCUAUGGAGGCGGACACAUGUGUCAGCAUGGCCCGUCCCAAUGGCCUCCUCGCCAUCAACGCCGACGUCGCGCCGCCUCAGAACAUUGACGAGACCGCCAUGUCGCCCACCUCCGACCAACUGCCUGCCGAGGUGGCCGAAGCCACCGUCAGCUCGACGCUCGCCAUCCACGCCAAGUUCGCUUCCGAGAUCAGCAUGCCACUCCAGGCCAGACUGAUGCGAGGCUCCAACCCUUCCAUCGAGGAGGUGCGCGCCUUUGAUCUCAAGACCGAAGAGUUCAUCGACAACCUGCCCGAAUACAUGGACGAUGGCUACGCUGGACCGCGGCCGGCGUCGUUCUCGGUGGCUUCGGCUCGCCUGCGAUGGAGGUGCAACAACUUCCGCAUGGUCAUGUUCCGCCCCUUCCUGCUCUCCAACGCCGUCGCCGCCGCCGCUGCUCGCUCGCGUGGCGCACCGCGACCCGCGCUUCGUCCCGCCGUAAAGCAGGCGAUCGCGUUGUGCCGCACCACGGCCAGCAACAACAUUGUCUCGAUCUCCAACUUCUGGGAUUCGCACCCGCACAACCAGGCCAUGGCUUGGCACGCCAUCUACUUCCUCACCCAGAGCGCGCUGGUACCUCUUGUCUCUCUUCUGGACGAGCCCAGCAACCCCGAGGCACGCGAAUGGGUGAGCCUGCUGCAGACUUGUGUGCGCUUGCUCGUCGACAUGGGUCGAAUCACCCCCAUCGGCGCCAAGUGCAAGGACGCCAUUGAGAACCUCGCUGGUAGCCUGCUGCGCGAUGCUGUCGACGACGACAGCGAGUCCAUGAUCCUGUCCAAGUGGAUGUCCGAGGCCGGUGCUUCCGGCAAUGGGUCGACCGCCGCUGUGGACCCGCUCAUGUGGUCUUCGCACCUCAUGAGCGCUGGCAGUGCUGGCUCGUCUGAUGUCAAUUUUGGUGGCGCCGUGGCUCACCCCACCGGACCAUCGCUGACCUUGUCGCUCGACAGUGCCUCCUCGGAUGGCAUGUCGGCCGCCUUUGACUUUGCACGAAGCAUGGAUGCCUCGCCGGGCGACCACCGUUCAUCGAUUGCCGACUCGAUCGACGCUUGGGCGGCAACAGCGACGCAGCGACCUUCGACCGCCUCGCAAUGGUCCGAAAACGGCCCGUCGAGCUUGCCUGAGCGUGACUUCCUCCAUCGCGAAAGGAUCGACCAGUGGUUCGGCCUCCAGGCCUCACACCCUGGAUCUGGCCGUCACGAUCCCACCUCGGCAUCGAUGAUGAGCACGUCGGAGCCCGGUUCGAGCCACAGUGGUGCGCACAUGCCCGUGUCGGCUGGUCACCCAGUCUCGACGCCACUGCAACAGCCCGCGCACGGCGGAAUGGACUGGCAGACGGCGGCGGACCCCACCAACUGGUGGAACGUGCAAUACCGUCAUCCCAAUCCUGCGCCAUCCAAUAACGGAUUCAUGUUCAACAACAACGCCGAGAUGCAGAACGCUCACCUCGCGUCAUCCGGCCACGUCCAUGCUCAACACAUGCAACCGCAUGGGCACCCCUCGCACCCGCAGCACUUUUUCUAA